GCAACUUUGAGUGCUGAAUCCAGUCGUUUUAGAGCUAUAUUGUUCAAAAGGCCGAAGGGAAGGAAUUGAUGGAAGGGUCUUAGAGCAUGAUUUGACCCAUUUUGGGGUUGGGUCACUAAGGGAUCUCCCGGAAGUUAUUCCCAUCUUUGAUCUUUAUGGACAAUGUGAGUUCUGCCUUCCUGUGAUGCUUGGAGAAAUUAUUAAAUCGGUAAACGCAACUUUGAGUGCUGAAUCCAGUCUUCUUCAAAAUUACAUUGUCCAAAAGGUCGAAGAGAAGGAAUUGAUAGAAGGGUCUUAGAGCAUGAUUUGACCCCUUUUGGGGUUGGGUCACUGAGGGAUCUCCCGGAAGUUAUUCCCAUCUUUGAUCUUUAUGGACAAUGUGAGUUCUGCCUUCCUGUGAUGCUUGGAAAAAUUAUUAAAUCGAUAACCGACCAUGGAUCAGAAGACGUCGUGAACGCAUCAGUACGGUCGAUCUAGUGCGCCGUGACUUAGAAUCAGUGCAGUGUAUGUGAAAGUCCGGAUAUUAUGAUAAACCAAGGACGUAUCUACGAUGUUAGCUAGGUCAACUUGAAGGGGAAUCAUGAAGGGGAAGGAAAUCGCCUAUUUGGCCGUCUCCCUUUGUCUGUUAACCAGCUUCCUUAUCAAGCUCGUAGCAGCGGGCCCUUCGCCAAACAAACGAAGCGACAACAAGAAAGAGCACUGUAAUAAGACGGUGGAGAUCUACGAAGAUGUUUCGAGUCCAGAGGUGACACCAGAGAACUUGGGCAAGCCCAUGACAUGCUGGUACAGAUUCAGGUCCUUCAGAGGAACUCCCAAAGACUGGAUACUGAGGAUAAAGUUCAACAAGUUCAAAGUAGGCAGAUUGGUCAACGCCAGUCAUUGCGAAGGAGGUUAUAUGCAGAUAGUAGAUGGCAACGCCAAAACGGACGUCUCCAACAGGAAAGAGCCAGGCCUCUUCUGCGGCGAGAGCGAACAGCCCCAGAUCUUCAUGUCGGAGACCUCCUUCGUCAAGGUUCUGUUCCACAGCGACAACUUCACCGACCAGACCUACUUCAGCUUCGACACCAAAGCAGAACAGCAACUGGUGGUCUAUCUGAGGUACGGCCAGCAUCCGGAGCUGUAUCCCAACCGGAGGGGGGAGGUGGUGCAUGGGUCUUACUGUGAGAGAAUAUUUAGAGACUGCCGCUUGCAGACGUGCUACGUGCAAUCGCCUGCUUACCCUGGGGUCUACCCUAGGAACCUUCACUGCCGUUAUUAUCUGAACACACGGUUGCCUUUCAUCAAAUUGUACAUAGAAAACGAGGAGUUCAACAUCGAUGGACAGAGGUGCGAGAACAUCAUGACUUGUCCCAUGAGGCCGAUUUCGUCAGGCCAAGAGAACUGUCCGUACGAUUAUAUCAAGAUCUACGAUGGUAAAAAUGAAUUCAGCCCGAUCAUUGGGACGUUUUGUGGCAUGGGAAAGUUUCCCUACUCCAUAAUCGGCACUUCCCAGGACCUCUUCGUCGAAUUUGUAUCGUCGCCUGCAGGACCUAUGUUAAACACCGGAUUCCAUUUCAACGUAGGCAACUGGCCCGGUCACGUGGAUACCGCCGGAAGCAGGAACGGAACCUGCGAUUGGCUGUUGUCCAGCGAGUCCCUGAGGGCGUCCGGGGACUCCGAAGGGAUCUUCCUGUCAGUGGCGCACUGGUACCCCCCGCACACGAGCUGUACCUACCUUAUGCAAGGGGAGGAAGGGGAGAUCGUCAGACUGUAUUUCCCCAGUUUCAGGAUAAACAGGAUAGAAUCCCCGAUUCAGCCUAUAGAGGGCGACUGCGGUGAGUCCUUGACGCUGUACGACGCUUCUUGGCCAGACGACUCGAAGAUCAUCAAGACCUUCUGCGACACCUUCUCCAAGGCGAUGGAAAAGCACGAUUUCGUUUCGACUGGAAACGCUCUGUUUGUGAGGUUUGAGAGCAAGACCGGAAGCUACAGCGGGUCUUCCCUUUACUACUGGGCCCACUACGACUUCUUCAACAACACCAAACUAGGGGAACCAGUCCCAGGCAAGGCUUGCGACGAAGUCUUCGCUUCUUGGAGGCAGAGCAAGGGGACUUUGAGGUCUCCUCUCAACACCCUGGUCUACAAGCAAGGAACGGCAAGUGAAGACGUACAGUGUCUGUAUAGAUUCGUUACGGACAAAAGGCUCUUCGCCAGGGUCAUUUUAACCAUAAAGAGUAUAAGUUUCAAGGAUCACCCUUACAACCCGGGUCCAUGUUCUAACUGUAUCGAAGACAGGGUGGACAAGCUGUUGGUCUGGGAGCCUCUACCUCCUGGUGGCAACUCCACAGUCCACCCUCUACCUCUGAGCAAGGCGGUGCAAAGUGGAGAAGCGACGUGCUUUUGUACUAGACUGCCGCAGCCCAAACAGGUCAGUAGAUGCGAAAACUUUAAACUCGUAUCUUUUCAAACGCUCGCUUGUAAUCUGUUCCAGAUCAUAUCGAAAGGAGAACAGCUGAACCUCCAGCUCAUAGUGGACCAAGCACAUUCCGCGCUGAGUUAUUUCAAGCACAGCGCCCCUCUCUUCGAGGCAACAUACGAGUUCGUUCAUGGGCCUCUUUGUGGGCCGCCAAUAAUCCAACCGGUCAUAGACGGAGAGAUUCACUACCCCUAUUACGAGGCCAUAGGUUACGUGGAACCUCCGAAGUCCAUAAGGUGCAUCUGGGAGAUCAAGGUUAACAGGGACCGGGACUUAUGGUUGCAUUUCGAGAGGACCAAGUUCGCCUCCAAGUCCUGCGACGACGGUAUCGUGGACCUCUUCCUCAGGGGAAAGACAGACCCCUACCUCUCCAUCUGCGGGGAAAACGUCUCCAUGAUCAAGGAACUCCCAAUACUCUCCGCCGCUGAACUGAGUCCCGACGGAAGCAAUCCUUCCAUCACCAUCCAGUUCGUGGGCAGGACUUCACCAACCAGGGCGGCCUUCAAGAUAGCCUGGACCGAACUCUUCCACUUGCCCAGAAACCAGGACGGCAGCCUCAUGAGCUCCAGGUUGACGGAGGGAGGAGAUCCCAACAGUGCGGAGGGAUGCGAGUUCAGUUGUCCAGGAGAUCAAGGACUUUGCAUACCCACCAGAUUGGUUUGUAACGGCGUCGUCAACUGUCCCAAUGUCACGGGGGCUAAAGAAACAGACUUGAGCGACGAAGCAGAGGAACUUUGCAAGAAAGAGACCAUGCCCGAGAUCAACCUCAACCUCUUGUACGGGGCUGCGGGACUGCUGGUGCUGCUGACGUGUUCCUGCUGCCUUUGGCUGUGUAGACGCUGUUACAAGUGCUGUUGCACUGACGACGAUGACGACGACGACUGAAACUCCUAGACGAUUUUUUUUUCAAAGUUCAAUUUCUCCCGAUGAGCCUUACGAAUCGUAGUUUGUAAUUGUGAUAAUGAACAGUCCGAGGGAUUCGCCGUACGGCAGGUGCGCGGGUGGGUGGGAGACCGGAGCUUUAACCUCGUCGAGCCGCAACGUCAAUUGUUUUGGGGGAUAACGCGCUCGAAUGAGAUAAGGCUAAUCUGUUUCAUUCCUCGGUCAAUAAGAUUUAAGUAGAGAACUCUUCAAUUCGAAUUGUUACGAUCGUUGGAAUCUGAAGUUUCCAUUCGUUUAAAGUUAUCCGGAACCUUGACUAUCUGAACUAGACUUUCCAGGACGGUCUUGAGCCUUAUCCCUCGUAUUCGACAGAUGGAUUAAAAUUAAUUUUUCUAAUUCUCAUUGUGAAUCGGAAAUAUAAUUAUUUUGGAGAUAAGUUCUGAAGAACUGGGCAGGGUCAC